AUGAGCAGUGCUGAAAUGAAACCAAAUGAAGUUCAAGAAGAUACCGUUAUAGAGGAGGUUGAUGUUGAGAUGGAGAGUACUGUUGACGAAGAUAAGAUAAAGAUUUUACCACAAGCUACUUCUGAAGACGGUACAUGUGCUUCUUUCCAAAUAAUGGAUGAAGAUCAUACUUUGGGUAAUGCUUUACGUUAUAUUAUUAUGAAAAAUCCAGAAGUUGAAUUCUGCGGUUACUCAAUUCCACAUCCUUCUGAAAACUUAUUGAAUUUAAGAAUACAAACUUACGGUUCCACUACUGCGGUAGAAGCUUUACAAAAAGGUUUAGGUGACUUAAUGGAUAUGUGUGAUGUAGUAGAAGAAAAGUUCACACAACGCAUUAAAGAAUUAUAA